GCCAGCUCUCAGCCGUCGCAAGCCGACCGUAAUCCACCACCACCAUGUCGACUGCGGGCUCCAACGCUUCUCCACCGCCGCGGACACAGAACGCCCAGCACACGCGCACAUACCAGGCCUGUAUACCAUGCAGGCGUCGCAAAGUGCGAUGCGAUCUUGGUCCCGUAGACAACCCGCAUGAUCCGCCCUGCGUGCGAUGCAGGAGGGAGAGCAAGGAGUGCUUCUUCUCUGCCACGCGCAGGAAGCGCAAGGCCGACGGCGAGGACGACUAUGACGACGCCGACGACUACGAGGUGCGCAAUGGCAGGAAGCGCCAGCGCUCCGAUGGCCUGCCAGAGCCGCUCACCAUAACCACGGCCAACAACGCCGCCUACAUCUCCCAGCCGCUGACUCCAGGCGGCUCCGUCGGACGAUACGAGCCGCUGCGACGACCCAACACGUCGGCCGGCCACCAGCGCACCCCCAACGACGAAGAAGACCAGAAGGUGAACAACGAGACGGUCGCGACGCUCCAGGCCGGCGAGGUCUACAGCGGCCACGAUGCCUUGAACCUGCUCUUCGAGGCCGCUGGCAUGAACAGCCACCACCAGCGCACAGGCAGCAGCUCCAGUCUCCAGCGCCCGACGCUGGGCAGCACGCCAGGCUCUCAAACCAACUUCGCAAGCCCUAGACCCCAGACCUCACAUGCGCGCGGCAAUUCGCGAGCCACCGCAGAGCCAUCGGUAGAUCCCGCCAUACAGCAACCCAUGCUACCUGACCCUCCAAACGAAGCUGCCUUCGCCGAUGCUGUGAGAGCCUGGUCAAAGUUCCGCUUUGUCCGCGCCGGAUGGCUCACCGCAAAGGAAGCCAUCGCUUACAUCGACUACUUCUAUGCAUUUCUGUCGCCGCUUACACCCAUCGUCGUACCAGACUAUCGCGAUCAUGCCUUUCACGCAAAGUUGCUCAAGGAGGAGCCGAUGCUGGUCAUCACUCUCUUGACCAUCUCCGCGAGGUAUUCACAACCCAGCGGUUCGAGCGGCGUGGGCGCCACAUCUAGGUCAUAUCUCAUUCACGAGAAGCUAUGGAAGUACCUGCAGGGUAUGAUAGAUCGCAUGAUCUUCGGACAAGAGCAGUUUGGCGGCGGCUUCUGUGGCGCCGGUCAGCAGCCUGGUUCUGAUGUGAACCCCCUAUCAAGAAAGGGCCUUCGUACGCUUGGUACAGUCGAGAGUCUGAUGCUACUUACCGAGUGGCAUCCUCGCGCACUGCAUUUCCCCCCUGGCGAUGAUGACGAUGAGCUCGUCUUGCCCGACGACCCGUACGAGGCUGGACCUAAAGCUGAAAUGUAUAAAGGUGUGGGCGACAAGCGUAUCGACAGUUGGCUAGAGCCGUGCUGGCGAAGUGAUCGCAUGUGCUGGAUGCUGCUGGGCAACGCCAUGACACUCGCUUUUGAGAUUGGUGUUUUCGACGAGACCAACGAGACUGAGUUCGAAGAGGCCAACCAGCAUCUUUCGCACGCGACUGUAAAGGCCUACUACCGCCGGAAGAACCAUCUUCGCGACUUGCUCAUCAUCUAUGUCACGCAGACCAGUGGCAGACUGGGUCUCACAUCCAUGCUUCCCAAACUCGAGCGUGACGAGAACCUAGUGGGCGGCCCCUCACCACUCGAGCUGUACAAAGAGCGCAUCAGCCGCAUCAAGGCACCUCCAGCACAAUUCGGCAUGCGCUCGGAUGGCCAGCGCCUUCCGCUCGAGUCUAUCGCGACCCAGGAGCGCCAUGCCGUACAAGAUCUUGUGCUUGACUUCUGGGCUCGUAUCGCUAAGGUCAUGGAGAUGGGCAACCUGAAGUUGUUCUCUAACCGACGUAAAACAAGAGAGCUGCUUAAGACGGGAGGUUACGAGGAGAUGCUGAAGUUCUUCCAAGGCCCCUUAGUGGAGUGGAGGAAGUGCUUCGAUAGAGCACCCCAAGUUCCGACGCAACUUCGUCACGUUCUCAUCAUCGAGUUCGAGUACACGCGUGUAUAUCUCAAUUCGCUUGCGCUGCAGGCAGUUGUUGAACGCUGCACACAUAACACUCCGCUACAGACCCAUGCCCAGCCUAGUGGCAUGAACGGACGCCCUACAAAUGGUAAUGGCAAUCCGAACGGCAAUGGCAACCCUAAUGGCAAUGGCAAUUCAAACGGCAAUGACGAUGGUGGCGCUAUCCCCUUUAGCACACUUGUAAAAUGGUACGCCAACGACCGCCAUUAUAUCAACGAAGUCAUCGAUGCGUCGCGCAAUGUGCUCAAAGUGGUGGUCGAAGGCUUGCAUCCUGGUGGCUACCUACGACAUGCGCCAGUACGAACCUUCUUCCGUAUUGUCAGUGUAGCCAUCAUUCUGCUCAAGACCUUCGCGCUAGGCGCUACUGAAGAAGACGUAGCUGUCAGUCUUAGUCUUCUCAGCGACUCGGUCGAUGCCCUACGAACGAGCAUAGUCGACGAUGUGCACGUCGGGAACCGCUUCGCCGAUCUUGUCGAAACACUGACUCACCGAAUCCGUUCGCGUUUCGUACGUCUGGCUGCCAACGGCUCGAGUGGCAUCUCGCGUGCCGGCAGCAAAAGCCCUAAUCAAGUACCGCUGAUGCCACCGCCCGCUCCACUAAACAAUACCAACCAUCUUGCACCGCCGUACAUGGGAUCCCAACAAACAGGUUUCUCAGGCACUGGUACCAGCGUACCAGGUUCGCCCAGUAUGGGCCUCAGCACAAGCGGUCGCGCAACACCUCUUUGGGGCAUCUCAGCGGAACCCUACGAUCCCAACAGCAACUCCAUCAGCAUCAUGCCACCACCUGGCAAUUAUCCGAACUUUCAGAACAACAACGCGAAUAAUUCGAAUUCGAAUGGCAGCAACAACACGAGUUGGAGUCAAUGGGCAAAUAGCGGAGCGAGUUGGGGUGCGGGUCAAGAUCAGGAUUGGCUUGCUCUGCCACUCGAUCCUCUGCUGGAUCAGUGGGGUGCGGAGAUUAAUCAAACGGCCAUGGGACCGGACAUUGGCGGCAUGGACAUGCUUGAUAUCCUGCUGAAUAUGGGCGGGCCGCCGGGCAGCGCUUAAUCGGUGGAUUUGAGGUUAGGAUUGCGGAAGGUGUGAUGCGCUCUGCAUUGAGGAAAAGCAUGAGCUUGUUUGUUGGACAAGUUUUAGACGAUGGCGAUAUGGAAGGAAAACUCUGGAGAUCAGAUGGUCGUUUGAAUCUCCGGCUGAUAGAUCGCGGGAGAGAUCGUUGUACAAGUGAUACCCAGCCUGUAGGCUGCGGAUGCAGUCCGCUUUUGUGUUGACUUUGUUAAGGUGUCCUAAUAAUAGAGUAUGUAGGAUUCAACAAUGAGAAAAGCACGGCGU